AUGUUUGUUGAUAUUCUUGUUGUUGAUUCCCGUAUUGUCCAAUCCAACCACCCUAAGCCAGCCAUCAUGGCCGACGACUCAGAGUAUACCGAAUCCGACAUUUGGGCGUCCCCCCAGCACACGCGACCGCCGAAAACACCCAAGACGCCAAAGACGCCCAGGACCCCGCGCACGCCAGCGUCUGAAGGCCCCGAUCGCGAUGCGCUGCUGCGCAAGGAGCUCGAGGGCGUCAAAAAUGUCAACGAGGCUAUAGAAGGCCUCAUUGGCACCCUGGAGCAAGCUGCGGGUAACAUGGAUGUCGUGACGCAAACUGUAAACAACGCGUCGACUCUUCUUAACACAUGGACCCGAAUUCUCUCCCAAACAGAACACAACCAGCGCCUGAUCCUCGAUCCCAGAUGGAAAGGUACCACAGAAGACCUCGCCGAACAGGAAGCUGAAGCUCUCCAGCGGCAGCAAGAGGCCGAGCGCAGGGCGCGCGAGGAAGAACAGCGCCGCGAGGAGCUGCGCCGCCGUAGAGAAGAGGAAGAAACAAAACGCAGGCUGGCUCCCGGCGCUCGACCCAUCCGCGGAACAUCAAGCUCACGCGGGACAGCAUCUCGUGCGCGGGCAAGAGCAGGAUCGCGCAUCGGCGCUGGUUCCAGCUACUCAUCACAAAAUACGUCGAGCUCCAGCAGUCGUGGAACCUCAGCCAUAGGGCGAGGUGUAGGAACUGCGAGAAGCACACGGUCACGAGGAACAAGAUAG